AUGCCUCCCCGGAAGCGAACUACAGAUGAGGGCGAUGAACCGGUUGCCAAACGGCGAUCUUCACGUCAAGCAGCGGCAGCGGCUUCAAUAAAGAAGAUUGAUGAGGACCAGGGAUCAGUAGACAAGGCUAGGAAAGCGGCGCCCUCUAGGACUAAGGAGAAAAUUGCCACUAGUGGAAAGGAUGAGAGCAAGGGGGAUGGCGUGAAGAAGACGAAGGCUACGGCUAAGGCUACUACGGAUACUAAAGAUGAGAAGAAGACACAUGCCAAGAAGGGCAAGCAGGCCAAAGCUAAGAAAGAAGACGAAGACGAUAAACCCAAGGGAAAAGCAAAGCCAUCAAAAAGCGAGAAAGACGACACCAAAAGCCCGCGAGCCGUCUCUGAAGAUCCCGACAUCGACUCCAUCCCCACAACCAACCCGGAUGCACCGCGCCACGACGGCGAAUGGUACUGGCUGAUGAAGGCAGAGCCAGAGUCGCGCUUUGAGAAUGGCAUUGAUGUCAGGUUCUCCAUUGACGAUUUGCGGGCGAGGGAGAAGCCCGAGGGGUGGGAUGGAAUAAGAGCGUAUGCGGCGCGUAAUCACAUGAGGAAUAUGAAUGCCGGUGACAAAGCUUUCUUCUACCACUCUAAUUGCAAAGAGCCUGGCAUUGCGGGUGUCAUGGAGAUUGUAAAGGAGUUUUCCGAAGACAAAUCCGCCCGCCGCCCAGGAACUCCCUACUACGACCCGCAGUCCUCAAAGGACAACAUCCGCUGGAGCCUGGUCCACGUCGAGUUCAGAAAAAAGUUCGCCGUGCCCAUUGGCCUCAAGGAGCUGCGCGAGCUGGGCAAGCCGGGGGGGCCGCUGGAGAAUAUGAUGAUGCUGAAGCAGGGGCGGUUGAGUGUGAGUAGGGUCAGUGCGGAGGAGUGGAAGGCGCUUAAUGAGAUUGCGGAUGAGAAGGCUGAGGAGGCUGGGUUGAAGCAUGAGACGACGAAGCUUGUGAAAUGA